AUGUAUCUCACCGACGCCUCGGACGCUAUUCGAUGCAAAGCCUUCCCAACAACCCUGACAAAGACAGCAAUUAAGUGGUUCGACACUUUGCCCCCCAGAUCCAUCACAAGUUUUGAUGACCUAGCCAAGAAAUUUCUUGCCAGAUUUUCCAUCCAGAAAGACAAAGCCAAACACGCUCCAAGCCUGUUAGGGAUCAAGCAAGGAGAUUGGGAGAGCCUUCACAACUACAUGGAAAGAUUCAACAAAGCAUGUCUAGACAUCCAAAUCCUACCAACAGAAGCAGCCAUCAUGGGUCUUAUCAACGGCCUUCGAGAAUGA